AUGAAGUGUAGUCUGACACUCGUCGCCAUCGCCACGCUCUGCAUCUUACUCACUGUGCAUGCCAGGAAUAGUCGGCCUGCCGUGAAGAGUCGUGAUGUGCUUCGUGGUCCACCACCAUUCAUUCCACCCUUCAAACCGGUAGAACGACCACAGCACGGACCGUACCCACAACCGCAAGCACCUCAGCCACAUCAGCCACUGCAAUCAAGUCUAGGAUCGGCUUUCCAGUCAUACCAGCAAGGUGGAUCAGGUCGGCGGUUGCCUUCACGUCCACGGUCGCCAGUCCCGCCAUACCAGCCAAUUGACGAUGGUCUACGGCGUCAUUGA